CGCACAUGUGUGUGUGUGUGUGUGUCUUGUAGCGAGGGAGGAAGGCUGAGCUGCAAGACAUAAAGGUUAGAGGUUAGAAACAGCUGCGUCAGUCUGGUGUAAGACGUUGGAAAAUCCGAAAACUGGCUUGCCAGAGCUCAGGCUCCCGGAUGGACAUUUCGAAAGAGAGAGAAGCAAAUAUCAAAUGAGAGGCUGGACAGCUGCCUUACCUGUGUUCCCAGUCCAGAUGAUACACAGUGAAGACAAAAAGGCUGGCCUGCAGUGAACAUUUGAAGGGGAAGAAAAAGAGAGAGGAGAGCUGGCACUUGGGAGCAGGAUAAAAAAGAAAGAAGCAGAUCUGGAGAGGAGCCGUGAUGGAGAAGCUGCCUGUGUAUCACGGACCCAUCGGGAAGGAGGAGGGGGAGAGGCGGCUGGCCGUGGACGGGCGGGACGGGAGCUACCUAGUGCGCAACAGUGACUCUGUAGCGGGCGUCUACUGCCUGUGUGUGCUGUGCAAAGGAUUAGUCUACACGUACAGACUCCACAAGGACGACGCAGGCUCAUGGGCUGCUGAAAGCACUCCUGGUGUGCAGAAGCGAUAUUUCCGGCAAAUCAAGAACUUGAUAGCAGCUUUCCAGAAGCCCGGACAAGGAAUUGCCAUUCCUCUGCUUUACGCUGUCACAGCUCAGAGACGGGCAGACACACACACACACAGAGAGGCACAGACGGCCAGUAAUAGCCUGUCACCGACACACAGCAGCCCGGACGCUUACCUCCAGCAGCGGCCGCCUCAUGCUGCUCAGGGACAGAAAAGCAGGAAAAAGAAGGUGCAGCAAGCUUUUGGUUAGGGGGAAACCCGCAGCUCACUAUUGACCCAAUUAUAAACCAAAAAACUGUCUUUGCAUGAUGCAUACUGCUGCAUGUUGUGUGUGUGUGAAGUAAAUGUCAUUUUGUUUUGCAAUUAACCAGCUCCCGUUUGUUAAAUCAAGUCAUUUUUGUUUUAGCUGUGACUCAGAUCUCAGCGUCCUUCCAGCAUCUUCUUUUCUCCCCCCCACCCCCCUUCUGCAUAUGCAGCACAUAAAGUGCCUCAUAACUUUCAGGGAUGUGAUGUAAAAUAUUCAACUGCUGAAACAUUAAUAUCCAUCACUGCAUACGUAAUAUGACAACAAAUAUUGUGCUCUGUUUUCUUAAUGCAAUUCAGUUAUGUGGCUGGCAAAGGAAAUAAAUGAUAUUGGUUGAAA